UAUUGGAAGAUAGCUAAUUCGAAAGAGUAAAUUACAGUGUUACUGGUGAAUGGAAGAGUUAAAGAGUUACAGAAAAUGUUUUAGGGUGCAAUAAGUGAUUGAAGAGUGGUGAGAGGUUUUGAAAAUGGCGUCGGCAUUUCUGAAAUUGGAAAAAUUGAGCAGAGGGGGAAGAACAUCUAGGUUUGGGCAAUGGAAUCAGCAAUAUUCGAAGCUGAGCUAUAGAGCAGCAUCAGAGAGUGGAAAAAUGGAAGAAGAAGAAGAAGCUCCGAGUUCUGGAAUCUCUAGACCUCUCUCUGAAAUACUCAAAGAGCUCAACAAGAAAGUCCCUGACUCUCUCGUCAAAACCCGCCACGAGAAAGAUGGAUUCUCCGUCAGAUACAUUCCCUGGCAUACCGUCAACCGUAUUUUGAACUUACAUGUUCCUGAGUGGUCUGGUGAGGUUCGGAAUAUCACCUAUUCCGCUGAUGCAAAGUCUGUCUCCGUCGUUUACCGAGUUACGCUUUAUGGGACUGAUGCUGAGAUAUUUAGGGAAUCAACUGGUACUGCUUCACUAGAUGACACAAGUUAUGGAGAUCCUGUACAGAAAGCUGAAGCAAUGGCUUUUAGGAGAGCUUGUGCACGCUUGGGACUGGGGCUCCACCUCUAUCAUGAAGAUGCAUCUUAGUCAACCUAUUCUUCAGCUUCACUGUUUUUAUAAAUGCCAUAGUUUCUUUUUUGUUUUUAGUCAUACUUAGAUGAGAUGAUACAGCUUCAUUGUUACUAGAAGGGAAGCAUUUUGUUCAAUGUUUAUCUUUUGAACAUCUCCAAUUAUCUUCCAUGCAAUAGGGAGGAUUGAUGUUCUAUCAGGUGGCUGAUGUAGAACAGUAAAAUACGUUGAAGGUCUAUUUUCAUAAUACUUUGUUAAUUAUUAAUAAAUUGGCUUAAUGGAUAAUCAA